UGGCGGAAGUAAACAAAAGAUGACGUCAGAACAUGCGCAAUUUAUAGUUCCGUAAUAUAUUUUUCACAGACAGAAGUCAGAGAAGACGAGAAUUAUGCCACUUUUCACCCCUUCAACGCCUUUCGACAGUGAUGUCGAAAAGGCAACUAGUGAAAUGAAUACAGAAGAGAACUGGGCCGUUAUAAUGGACAUAGUAGAUAAAGUCAACACAACCAAUGGAUCAAAAGAUUGUUUGCAAUCCAUUGCCAAAAGACUGAAUCACCGUGUACCAUUUGUGGCAAUGCAGGCAUUAACGCUCCUGGAUGCCUGUGUCAACAACUGUGGUAAAUCUUUCCAUUUAGAAAUAUCAUCUAGAGAUUUCAUCUCAGAAUGUCGGACUCUGAUAAAUCAAAAAGCUCAUCCAAAAGUAGCUCAGAGAUUAAAGUUGAUGAUAAAGAAGUGGGCAGAGUCUAAGGAAUUUAGAGAUGAACCUACGUUAAGUUUGAUUCCAUCAUUUUACAACAGUUUGAAAUCUGAGGGAGUAGAUUUCAGUGAUCAGGAUGCCCCAGUAAAGAAGACCACACAAUUAAGUAGCAAUCCUGAUGUUGCUAAUAGCCAACAGGAGGAAGAUGAUAUAGCAAAAGCAAUAGCCCUCUCUUUAAAAGAAUCGGAGAAAUCAACUGCCAAGACCACGAGUUUGUAUCCUACAGGAUUUAAUUCCUCUGCUAUAUAUGCCACUAGCAGUAAACCCAGGGAAGUCAGAAAGGUUCGAGCCCUAUAUGACUUUGAAGCCGCUGAAGACAAUGAGCUGACAUUUAAGUCUGGAGAAUUCAUUAGUGUCACUGACGACAGUGAUACUAACUGGUGGAAAGGCUUCAACCAUCGAGGAGAGGGACUGUUCCCUGCCAACUUUGUCACCUCAGACUUGACAGUAGAGCCGGAAGAAUCUAAAGUAGAAAAAGCUGUUUCCUUUAAGGAGGAGGUGCAGGUUUUGGAUUUUGAAUCAGAUGAAGUGACAAUUGAUGAGGGUAAGAUUGAUGAGGUGUUACAGUUGAUACAGAAUGCUGAUCCAACUGGUGAAACACAACCAGACUCAACCGAAAUGUUAAGACUGGAGAACCAGUGUUCCAGAAUGGGUCCUCUGAUUGACACUGAAUUGGAAAAAAUUGACAAAAAGCAUGCCAGUUUAUGUGAACUAAAUUCUAAAGUGGUGGAGGCAAUGCAGUUAUAUCACAACUUAAUGAAAGAGACCCCUGCUCCUUAUGGCUAUAAAACUCAACAUCCUGCUGCUCCCAUGAAUUACAAUUUUCCCAGUCAGUCAGGGUAUAAUGGCCAACCCCAGUUUCAGCCUGGCCCAGGUCAGAUGCCACCUAGCUCUCUUCCACAGGGAUCUAUACCUGUGGGGCAGAUGCCCUUAGCCCAGGGAUCAAUGCCACAGAAUCUUGGCAUGAUGCCCCCAAAUGUACAGAUGCCACAGAAUCAGAUGAAUUCAUCAGUUCCUCAGCAAAUGUCCAUGAAUCCACAGAGCUAUAUGCCUCAAGUACCUAGUAGUCAACCUUACAGUUCCUCAUCAGAUUCAAGUAUGAAUGCUUACAAUCCAUCUGUUCAAUCCCAGAGUGCAAUGCCUCCAUCUCACAACCAAUCAAUGCCACAGCAAGUUUCCUCUGCACAGAGCGGGGUCCCUCAACAGAACUUUCAGUACACAAUGUCACAAAUGGACGGUAGACAGUUUUACCAGCCUCCUCCCCAACAACAACCCCUCUUAUGAAAUCAGUGAUUUUGUCUUGUUAUCACACAUUUUGUUGUUUUCAGUGUUACAUACAAAUGUUUACAUCAUAAGUUACAAGUUAUAGCAUUUCCUUGUCCAUGUAUGCUUAUAUAAGUAAUACAUGUAGUUGAGAAACAACUACACUGUACAUUUUAUAUAUAAGGUGGCAUAACAAAUGUAUGUACAUGUAAAUUAUUUAAACUUGUACAGAAGAAUCAUCUUUGUGUAAGUGAACAUUUGUUCUGAAGUAUUAAAAAGGUACUUUGAAUUCAGUGUACUUGAUGUAUGCGAGGUUAAUUACAAGUUUUAUGAGGAAGAGUAUAAAUCAAUGUAUGAGAGGCUUUUAAGUUUUCUGAGUGUUCACCAAGUAUAAAGUCUGCAGCUGUAUGCAGCUGGUUUCUGCUUUUUUUCUUCUUCAGAAAAUAUAUGUAUAUGAGAAGGGAAAACUGAUAAUGUGUGUAAAGAAUUUCAAGCAGUAAAAUGUUGCUUGGUAUAAUUUUUUCAUCAAAAUAGCAAAAAUCAUGUUUUAUUGUUGGUUAAAUACUGUUUUCAUUCAUGAAAUAUUUUCAUUCUACCAACCUAGUAUAUAAAAUUAUUACAUAUGCACAAAAAUGGACAAAAUCUUUCUUACAGUUGGAAGAUUAAAUCAAAGACAUAUUUGACAGGAUUUGCAGCAGUACAAUUUACAAUGUUCAUGGUACAUACUUCAUUUAGCCAUUUCUAUUUGAUUUCCAGUGAUUUCUCUAUUAGAAACACUUUUCCUGCUUGGGAUUUGGUUCAUUUAUAUCCUCAAUAAUUUAUUAUUCAUGAAUGGAUGAAAAAAAGUAUAUGUGGACAUGCAAUCAGUUUUUGAUUGUAUACUAUUUUCAUGGAUCUUUGUAUAUCCAUGUACAUUGUAUGUUGUUUAUCCAUGUAUGUGUACAUGUAUGUAUGAUGGGGCAGACUGUUCUGCCACCGUGACAAGCUGUGAUACAGAUGAGUGAUACUGGUGUGUAGGGAAAUUAGAUCUCUGAUACAAAAUCAUUUGUAGUGUGUGCACAAUAAUAAAUGAAAACAAAUUUGAAUAACAGAAGUUGUGCCCUUCUAGAAAAAUUUGUUACUAAUUUUGCUUUUACUUCAGGAAUUUUUAAUGUCCAUUUUAUAUCCAAUAAAGGCACUGGAUCAAUGAAAGUGAAACUAAUUUAAAGUUUCUGUAUGGUUUAAUUUAGUCCUUUAGGGAUUUAUUUUGUAUAGAAAGAAAAUGAAAGAAUUUCCUUCAGCUUAACAGGUAUUUUCCUAUUUAUAUAAUGGCAUGCCUUUGUGUUGAUGUUUAAGUAUUCCAUGUACUGUAUAUGUUGCUGUUAGUUGUUGUUCUGAGCAAUAGUCAUAAAUGGGCAAAUGUUUGACAUUAUCUGUAAUCUGGAAUACAGUGAUAAAACAUAAACAGAACUCUUCAUUUGAUUUGCUGAUUAAAAAAUUUGAUUUGCUGAUUAAAAAAUACUGACAAUAAAAAUAA